AUGAAACUCUCACUUAUUUUGGCUCCUCUGGUGCUGCUGGGUGACGUGGUCUCAGCACAAAGCAGCCUAACAGAUAUUUGUACUGGCAGUGCCAAUAACGGCUGCAAAACAACUAUCACCAUACCGAACGGCUUCAAAAUCGUCACAUCAAGCAAGAAAGUUCGUUCCAUUCAGUUCAACUACAUCAAGGUCAAUGUCUGUGAUCAAGUCCGCAAAGCUCUCGGCACGACGCUUGGAAACAAAUUCCUGAAGGCCCGGGAUCCUAUUUGCAACUGCUUCACUAAACUGCGCACUCUAAACUCCGAGGGCAAGUUUGCAUCCUCCUCGGCUGGCAACUUUGACUUGGCGAAUAACAACUAUCUCGAUCAGGCCGGGACCCUAGAACAGUGUUUGACGGACGGAGGUCUCAAGUAUUCACAAAGUCGUGAUGCCACCCUGAACAAACUCAAGGCAACUGGCUGGCAAGUUGUCUUUGGGGCUGAUAUGGCCCGUGCAACCUUUCGUGCCAUGAUCUUCGUCGUCUAUCCUUGCCGAGUCACAGGUGUCUGCAACUCUGAACAGAUCUAUGCUGUCUUUAGCAAUUACCUUACCGCCUCGUACAAACUUCUCCUUGGAACCAUCGUUCCCAUACUCAACCGAUGGAGAGAAAACUUGGACCUUAUCACAAAGUCUACUGGCUACGUAAUGACGGCUACGGACAACGUCAAAGAGGCCUUUAAUGGGGUUGAGUAUACCCUUGGCGGUUAUUACGAUAGUAUCUGUAUUGGAAUGGACUAUUGUGGGUCCAAUCGCCCCAAUAUCAGAAGGUUCAUGACAGAUGUGCAAACCGUCAUCAACUUGUCCGACAAGCUCAGUACAGGGAGACAGAUAUUCGGCUUCAACACCAAGACGAAGAGUUUGUUGAAUGACGUUAACAAGCUCACAUCAAACGGGGCCUAUAUCCCUCCGGCCAACGAAAUGAUCAGCAGGAUUAAGAAUAACGAGAUCAAAGUCACCAAGGACGUUUUUAAGUUUAUGCCAGUCGUUGGUGGGAUGUCAACUACCUCUAAGAAGGUGGCCACUGAGCUUGCCCCUUUGAAAUCGUUUGUCACCGAAUAUCUUGCGGACUCCAAAGCACUUCACGAAUUGAUCACCCGUAUGCUGGCUAUUGACUGGGAGAAGGUCAAUCAGGGGGAAUUUGACAACACUGACCAAAGCGGCUAUUAUGUGCGCAAUGGUCUCAUCGCGAUCCAGGAAAACAUCAAGAAAGAGCUAGCUGAGGCGGUGAAGCUCUACUUCUGGCUCAUUCGGGCUACUGACUCCCAGUUAAAGGACUUCACCCUGACGAAUGGACGCUGGAAGAUGGAGUAUGGCACCGUGGCUUACCAGCGAUGGAGCACCAUUGACAUUGAUAUGCCGUGCACCAAAAUCACCACCACGACGGCGAAGAAGGAUGGUCUGACCAAGACAUCGAAUAAGUAUCGGACCUACUGGAAGUGCCACUUUGGCCCGCAUCAGUCUCAGUAUCAGGCGGUUCAUGUUCCUUACGUGCGAAUGUAUGAAUGA